GCGCCUGGAUGCCUGUGUGUGUGUGUGACUGUGUGCACCAGCCCCAAGAAGGGCGUUGGGCUGGAGGUGGGACCUGGGUGGUCCACACCGACCCGGCCCCUGUCUCAAGACGUUCCCUGCAGCGCAGCGGCUCCCAUUGGCUGGGGUCCCGGGGGUCCCAGCCAAUCCGGCAGAGGGGUCGUUUUUCCUGGGCUGGGACCCUUGAGACUCAGAAACGAGGGGCACCCCGGACGGAGCCACAAACUCAGCUGACCCAGUGACCCGCUGACAUCAGCCUGGAGCUGCCAGCCUCGCGGAUGUUGGAUGUUGAUUGCCAGGUGCCCUCCAUGGGGAGAUGGCCGACGCCACCCUUCGACCCACGCUUCCCCAACCAGAACCAGACCCGCAACUGCUACCAGAACUUCCUGGACUACCACCGCUGCGUCAAGAACAUGAACCGCCGCGGGAAGAGCACACAGCCCUGCGAGUAUUACUUCCGCGUGUACCACUCGCUGUGCCCCAUGAGCUGGGUGCAGCGCUGGACCGAGCAGAUCAAGAACGGGACUUUCGCUGGCAAAAUCUGACUGCCUGAGCGCGGCUCCUCCGAGGGAUCAGCCCCAGUGACACCCUCCGCAUCCUCUCGUCUCUCGGAGAAUGGACCCUACCACCCCAACACCCGCCCUCGCCGCCGACCCCAUCUCUAAGCCGCAAAUAAAGCUGUUAUCGCUGAUCUUU